AUGCAGAUGUUGGAAGCUCAACCAAAGAUCCUGCUGCUGCCAUCGAACUUUUACACCUCAAAAACGCUAGUGAAACUGACUCUAUCAUGUAGUGCUCUCGUCGUUGAUGUUCCUUCCCUAGCUUGCUUUCCUUUGCUUCAGAUGCUGACCCUUCUCAAUGUUGUGUUUAAAGAUCAAAACUCUCACGUUAGGCUUCUAGCGAAUUGCCCUGCGCUCAUUUAUUUACGAGUGAACCGAAAGAGGGGUGACAAUGUGACAGCUUUCAUUGUGAAAGUUCCUUCUUUAAAGAGUUUUAAAUACACGGAUUUUCACGAAAGAUAUUCGGCUAUGCCCUUGGUUUUAGACUCCCCUGGAUUACGACACCUUAGUAUAAUUGAUCAUGGAGACCUUGGCUUGAUCCAGAACAUGCCUCACCUUCAGACGGCUUAUGUUGGUCACUUUGUUACUCAGCCAAAUGACAAGUUUCUGAGAUCUUUUUCCUCUGUCAGGAAUCUCCAUUUGAAUUUGAUGAACGUUGUUGCAUGUUUUAGCGCCAUUAAUUUCUUUCGGCUCAUGGAGUUUAAGCUGCAGUUUGUUGUCCCAGCUAACGCAGACUUGAUCCCAGCUAUGUAA